AUGGAGCUGGGAAGGUGCCUCAAGCAUGUUUAUGCAAUAUCAAUAUUUAUAGCGGCGCUCCUGCAUACUAGUGCUUCCUUAUCCCUCGGCCACCAUGGUUCUAAUGUGACCAAGUGCAUAGCGAGGGAGAGGGAGGCACUCCUUGCUAUUAAACAAGACCUGGUGGAUGAAUACAAUCGACUCUCUUCGUGGGGUUCAGGAGGAGCAGAAGUCCAGAACCAAGAUUGCUGCAUAUGGGAAGGAGUCUAUUGUGACGACCGUACUGGCCAUAUUCUUCAACUUGAUCUUGGAAUUGAUAUGUGGCGAGAUGGUGAGUUUAUUGACUUCCGACCUUUACAAGGUAAGCUUAGUCCUAAACUGGCUGAGUUACAUAAUUUGACAUAUUUGGACCUCAGAAAUAAUUUCAUUUCUGGGGGAAAAAAUCCAUGGUUCAUUGGUUCUCUCACCAAUCUAAGAUACCUUGACCUCUCUGGGGCUGGUCUUUGUGGUCUAAUCCCAUACAAAAACCUUACUCACUUGGAAUAUCUCAAUCUCGCCUGGGGAUGCUUCAGUGAUUCUGAAGAAAACCUCGAUUGGCUCCCUCAAUUUUCUUCUUUGAAAUACUUGGACCUGAGUGGCUAUAAUCUCAGUAAUGUUUUUAAUUGGUCAGAAAUAGUAAAGAAGCUCCCUAAUCUAAGGAACUUGACAUUACGUGAAUGUGGUCUUCCUCCUCCAGUUCUUUCUCAUACAAAUACUUCCAACUCUCUUGUUAGUGUUGGUUUGUCCUACAACCCCACCAUCAGCUCUUCAAUAUUCAUAUGGUUGUCCUACUACACAAAGUCUCUUGCCUUCCUUGAUCUCUCUGAUAGCCAAUUAAGUGGACCAAUUCCAAAUGUUUUCAGAAAUGUGAGCUCUCUUGCAUUUCUUGACCUCUCUUUUAAUGAAUUAAGUGGUCAAAUUCCCGAUGCUUUUGGAAACAUGAGCUUUCUUGCACAUCUUGCUCUCUCCUACAACCAACUUGAAGGUGAGAUCCCAAAAUCCAUCAGCCAGUUAUGUGCUCCACAAUCAUUAGAGACAUUGGAUCUCUCGUAUAAUGAUCUUGAUGGGCCACUGCCUAAUGUAACAAAUCUUUCAUCACUGAAGCAAUUAUCGCUCCAUGAAAAUCAUUUGAGUGGAAUACUUUCUGAAAGUAUUGGAAAAUUGUCUUCUUUGAAAGAAUUGAAUCUUGCCGAAAAUCAAUUAAGUGGUAUUAUACCAGAAAGUAUUGGGAAACUGCUCUCAAUGCAUUUCUUUGGUCUCUCUGGAAAUCGCUUCAGCGGAAGAAUACCAGAAAGUAUUGAGCAACUGUCAUCAUUGCUUUUCUUAGAUCUCUCCAGAAAUCAAUUAAGUGGAAGAAUACCAGAAUGGAUUUGGCAAUUGUCAUCGUUGGAAACAUUAGAUCUCUCUUCUAAUCAAUUAAGCGGAACAAUACCUCAAAGUAUUGGGCAACUGUCCAACUUGUCUACUUUGAAUCUUAGUGUGAAUUCUUUGGAAGGGGUGAUUUCAGAAAUUCAUUUCUCAAAACUUUCCAAAUUAUAUAAGUUGGAUUUAUCAGAUAAUCAAUUAGUUUUCAAAGUCCAAUCUGAUUGGGUUCCUCCUUUUCAAUUGUAUUCUCUAAAUCUGAGGUCUUGCAAGGUCGGGCCAUCUUUUCCAAAAUGGCUUCGAACUCAAAAAAUUUGUAUUGAUCUUGAUAUUUCGUAUGCUGGAAUUUCUGAUGUGCUUCCAAGUUUGUUUUGGAGUCUCUUUGGUAAGUUUGAGACUAUUGAUCUCUCCCAUAAUCAAUUUAGAGGAACAUUUUGGAAUUUGACAUUGGAGGUUCCAUCAUUCAGCGUGCGUGAAGUGCGUUUUAGUUCGAACCAAAUGGAUGGCCAAAUACCCUCAAUUCUAUCAAAUGUGUCAUAUUUGGAUCUCUCCAAUAAUAGAUUUUCAGAUAUAGCUUCUUUCUUUUGUGCUCCGAAGGUUAAAAUGUUAAAAUUUCUUAACCUCUCCAGCAACCAUGUUUCAGAAGAACUUCCAGAUUGUUGGAGACAUCUGGUCAAUCUAGAACUGCUGGAUUUGAGUAACAAUGCUUUUUUUGGGAAAAUUCCAACCACUAUCGGCUCUUUAUUUCGAAUGGAAACAUUGAAACUAAGAAGUAACACUUUUGUGGGAGAAUUGCCUUCAUCCAUGAAGAACUGUACAAGCUUGAAAGUUAUUGAUCUCGGAGACAAUAAGCUUUCAAAUUCAGUGCCUGAAUGGUUAGGGGUUAGUCUUCCAAAUUUGGUUAUACUUAUCCUUCAAUCUAAUCAGUUUAGUGGAAGCUUGCCUUCACAACUAUGCCAUCUAACACAUGUUCAAAUUUUGGAUUUCUCUAUGAAUGAAAUCUCUGGAACUAUACCUAAGUGUCUCGAUAGUUUGACAUCUUUGGCUCAACAAGGGAAUUCAAGUCCAACAAUCCAACAUUCUUUACAAUCAUUUGAAGCUGGAAGACCUUCGAGUUCUCCUUAUUACGAGGAUGAUGCAACCAUCAUGUGGAAAGGAAGAAUGUUUCCAUACAAAAAAACUCUGGGGCUUCUCAAAACAAUUGAUUUCUCAAGCAACAGAUUGACUGGGGAGAUUCCAAGUGAAAUCACUCGACUUGUCGGGUUGGUUUCUUUGAACCUGUCGCGAAACCAUUUAACGGGACAAAUACCUCCAGAUAUUGGAAUGCUGCAGUGGUUAGAUUUCCUUGAUUUGUCCAGAAACCAAAUAGAUGGUGAAAUUCCAACAAGCCUUGCUCGGAUUGAUCGACUUGGUUACUUGGACUUGUCAAAUAACAACUUGUCUGGCGAAAUUCCAACCGGUACUCAGCUCCAAGGCUUUGAUCCAUCCGUUUUUGCUGGAAAUCCUCAGCUUUGUGGACUUCCACUUCGAAACUUGUGUGCUCCAUGGCCAGAUGAAACAAGUCGAGACCGGCAAAAUGCCUCGAGUGAUGAAGAAAAUACAGAUGAGCUUAUAACACGGGGAUUUUACAUUAGUUUGGGACUUGGAUUUGUUGUUGGAUUUUGGGGAGUCUGCGGGAGUUUGGUAUUUAAGAAAUCAUGGAGAUAUGCAUACUACAAGUUCUUGAAUGCUUUAAAUGAUUGGCUUUAUGUGAGGGCAGCUUUGAUCAAGCGGCAAUUGCUCAGUUGA